AUGCUCGGCACAUCAUCCUACGAACAGCAACGCGCCCUCAAAAUCGCCGCCAACAAAGCCCUUCUCGAAUCCCUCGGGGUGCGCGAGGCGGCCGUCUCCUCCAAUCCACCACCACCCGUGACUAGACCCAAAAAGAAGAAUGUGGUGAAGACUCUGAAGAGGACUGUGGAAGACGGAGAGAGGGAGGGGGCGGAAAAGAGGGUGAAGAUGGGUGGUGGGGAGGAGGAGGAGGAGGAGGAGGUGGAGGAAGUAGCGGAUGGGGUUAGAGUGCGACGGUCUCGAAGAUUGAAAGCGAUUGCCGCGGACAAGACGGCCGAGGCCUUGAAUGACGUUCAAUCUGACACCGAGGAAGCGGAGUGCACCCCACCCUCGAAACACGGCCGCGCCAAACCCUCUCCCAUCCAAAACUUCAUCGGCGCGCACCCCACCGUCCCCCCGGGGACCGUCUUCCCGACGCGGCUCGCGUGCUCGCGGGCGCUCAUCCACCGCCCGCCGGUCUCGGGCAUCCACGGCACGCCAGCGCACGGCUGCUACUCGCUCGCGCUCUCGGGCGGGUACGAGGACGACAUCGACCUCGGCGCCGCGUUCACGUACACCGGCGAGGGCGGGCGCGACCUCCGCGGCACCAAGGCCAACCCCAAGAACCUGCGCACGGCCCCACAGAGUAGGGACCAGACGCUGACCAAGGGCAAUGCGGCGUUGAAGAGGAGCUGUGAGACCGGUGCGGCGGUCAGGGUCGUGAGGGGGUGGAGGCUGGGAGGGAGGUAUGCGCCCAGGGAGGGGUAUAGGUAUGAUGGGGUGUAUAGGGUGGAGAGGUGUUGGUGUGAGACGGGGUUGGCGGGGUUUUUGGUGUGGAAGUUUGCGUUGGUGAGGGUGGAGGGGCAGGGGGAGCUGCCGGUUAGGGGGGAGGGGGAGGUGGAGGAGGAGGAGGAGGAUGAGGAGGAUGAGGACAAGGAAAAUGAGAAUGAGAAUGAGAACAAGGACAGCGAGGAGUAG